GUGAGCGCGUCAUGGCCGCCUCGAAGCCCGUGGAGGCGGCGGCGGGCGGCGGCGGCGGCGGUGCCGGCGGUGCCGGGCUGUCCCGCUGGCAGCUGGCCUUGGUGCUGGGGGCGCCGAUCCUGCUGGGCGCCGGCGCGCUCUACCUGUGGGGGCGGCGGGCGGCCCGCGGCGGCGGGAAGGGCGCUAGCGAGCGGAAGACGCCCGAGGGCCGCGCGAGCCCGGGUCCCGGCGCCUGCGGCAGCGGCCAGCCCGACGGGCCCGGCCGCGAGGAGACGAGCCCUCUUGAUAGAGCUCAAGCAGCAAAGAACAAAGGAAACAAAUACUUUAAAGCAGGAAAAUAUGAGCAAGCUAUUCAGUGUUAUACUGAGGCUAUCAGCUUGUGCCCUCCUGAGAAAAAUCUUGAUCUUUCUACCUUCUAUCAGAACAGAGCUGCUGCCUAUGAACAACUGCAAAAAUGGGCAGAAGUGGCACAAGAUUGUACAAAGGCUGUUGAGCUUAACCCUAAAUACGUAAAAGCUCUCUUCAGACGUGCAAAGGCUCAUGAGAAGCUGGACAAUAAGAAGGAAUGUUUAGAAGAUGUCACUGCAGUCUGCAUUUUAGAAGCCUUUCAAAACCAGCAAAGUAUGUUAUUAGCUGAUAAAGUCCUUAAACUCCUUGGAAAAGAAAAGGCCAAAGAGAAAUACAAGAAUCGUGAGCCUCUGAUGCCCUCACCGCAGUUCAUUAAAUCCUACUUCAGCUCCUUCACAGAUGAUAUAAUCUCCCAACCUUUGCUCAAGGGUGAGAAGUCAGAUGAAGAUAAGGAUAAGGAGGGAGAAGCUUCUGAAGUAAAAGAAAACUCUGGCUAUUUGAGAGCAAAACAAUAUAUGGAAGAAGAGAACUAUGACAAAAUUAUCAGUGAGAGCACAAAAGAAAUUGAAGCAAAAGGAAAAUAUAUGGCUGAAGCUUUACUCCUGCGAGCUACCUUCUAUUUACUUAUUGGCAAUGCGAAUGCUGCCAAACCAGACCUAGAUCAGGUUAUCAGUAUGGAAAAUGCAAAUGUGAAGCUCCGAGCCAAUGCUCUGAUCAAACGAGGAAGUAUGUAUAUGCAGCAGCAGCAACCUGUGUUGUCCACGCAAGACUUUAAUAUGGCUGCUGAUAUUGAUCCUCAGAAUGCAGAUGUUUACCAUCAUCGAGGACAAUUGAAAAUCCUGCUUGACCAAGUUGAAGAGGCUGUGGAAGACUUUGAUGAAUGUAUCCGAUUGCGACCUGAUUCUGCCUUGGCUCAAGCACAGAAAUGUUUUGCUCUGUAUCGCCAAGCAUACACAGGAAAUAAUCCUUUGCCUGUGCAGGUAGCCAUGAAAGGCUUUGAAGAUGUCAUAAAAAAAUUUCCAAAGUGUGCUGAAGGCUAUGCACUUUAUGCUCAGGCACUAACUGAUCAACAGCAGUUUGGCAAGGCUGAUGAAAUGUAUGAUAAAUGUAUAGACCUUGAGCCAGACAAUGCCACUACAUAUGUUCAUAAAGGUUUGCUUCAGCUUCAGUGGAAGCAAGAUUUAGACAAAGGCUUAGAACUCAUAAGCAAGGCCAUUGAAAUUGAUAACAAAUGUGACUUUGCAUAUGAAACCAUGGGAACGAUUGAAGUGCAAAGAGGCAAUCUGGAUAAAGCCAUUGAAAUGUUUAACAAAGCUAUCAACCUUGCCAAAUCUGAAAUGGAGAUGGCCCACCUCUACUCACUCUGUGAUGCUGCCUAUGCCCAGACAGAAGUUGCAAAGAAGUACGGGUUGAAACCACCAACACUGUAAAGAAAAAGAGGAGGAAAAGACCUUCUAAAGUGAAGUUGCCCACUUCAGCCAGCCCUGAAGACGCUGUUGCAAACCAUGUUGAAUGGUGGAACUUAGUUUUUUCCCGUUCGUGGUGUUGUCAUUUGUUACAUCUGUUUAAUGUUUAGGUGUUGUGGGAGUGGUUAUUCAAGGAAGUAUGCAGUGUUGCAGCUUGUUCCUUCUGCAGCAAAAACCUUAAAGUGUGUUAAGGGAAAUAAAGUUGCAAGGGAACAAAUGGAAGACAUUUUGGCCAUGCAAAUAAAAACUUUACAUUGGUUCACUUUGGGUGAUUAUGUUGUGGGCGAUUUUUGCUUUAUCAAGUAAUUUUACAGCAUGUUUUUUUUCCUGUUGAUUUUAAAGGUAAUACUAGUCAGUGCUGUAAAAUAGAUUUCUUUUUUAUAUGCAGUUAAUCCUUGAGAGUUGAUUUUAAUUUUGCAAAAAGGAAAACAUUAAUUUACAGAACUGUUUAAUAAUAGAGAUUUUUUUUAAAAGCCUAUAGACGUGGAGAGAAUCUCUGUAAAUAUAUCCAAGCAUGCACAAUCUUCCCUCCCACCCUUUGCAUAACUACUUUAGAAACAGUCCUGUGGCAGCUAUUAGGGAAUUACUUCAACAGGCCUUAUUUUCACCCCAGAAGGCACUAGCGUACUGGAAAGAGCGCUGGUACCAAGGCUGGUGGAGGGAAAGAGGUCAGGUGGCACUGCUUCAGUGUAGAGGUUACUGGAUGAGAAGUUGCAUUCGCUUGUACCACUCCCAACUUGAAUGUCACGGGAAAUUGUUCUGGAAGGUUCAGGGAGACUUUCAAGAACAGACAGCACUGCUGGGAGUAGAGCUGCCAAGGUAAGGUCAUGCUUGAGUAUGAUCUUUGUAUGUUUCCAACACUGGUGCUUAAGGGUAACAGCUAAUAGACCAUUUGAAUUCUCUUCCUCAGUCUCUGAAGGCUGUUAUGUUCUGGUUUAAUCCUAGUAAGAGCCAUUUGCAGGUUUAAAUGGGAUAAAGAACAAAAGUUAGUCUGAAAUUUCAAAUAAGGAAUUUGGAAUUUUUAUUGGUUUCUUUGUUCUUUAGGCCCUGUAUUGCCUAAGAUUACAAGUACUGCAGAAGUGAAGCAACUGUUCUGCAAAUAACAUAGUCUUUAAUUGGCAAAUUAUCAAAUAGUAGUAUAAGCUGUCUUCCUCUAGCUAGGGUUCUGUGCUGCUUGGGAUUGGUCUUUUUAGUAUUGAAGUCAAUCAGUCCAUAUUGCCUCUCCCUAGAUUGAUGUGACUGGAUAAAUCUUCUGCAAAUACUUAAUUGACUCUACCUAGUUUACCAUACAUUGAUUUGGGUUUCUUCCUAUCCCCAAAAUAAUAGAUCUGCUUGUGCUGAAUUUUCUAAUGUAUUUCAUCUCUUAAAAUUGAACCAAGCUAUGGUCUCAAACUGUCUUGUUCUCUGGUUGUGACAGCAACUUACAGUUUCAACUAGACCUUCCUUCCUUCCAGCAGCUACAAAGGAGAAUUCAAAUGCUGGACAGUACACAUGAAGUUUUAAGCUUUCUAUUUUAUCUAGCUCAGUAGAUUAUCUGAAAUCGUAGUGUUGGGGUAGAACUGAAGGCAUUGGAAGGUAUAGGCAGCCUCUAAGGGCACUGCACUUAAUAAGUGUCAGACCUCUUCUUGAACUUCCAAUCUCUGCAUCAAUUACCUGAGAACAAAAAUAUGCCAGACUAACUGUGCCCUCUUCUCCUAAGGAGUUUUUAUUUGCAUGGCUGUAUUUACAUUGGCAUUUUCUCCCCAUCGUCCUUCCUUUCCUAUUGCCCCCCCCACCCUCUAAAUGAAGGGAGAAAAGCAUGUGCUGUCUAUUACUAGCAUUCCAGAUCAUCACGGAUUUUUGCCUGUUCUUGGACUAGUUUGAAACUGCACUGAAAGGAUGCAUUUGUCUGUAAUUUUUUUUGUAAAUGACAUAUCACCUGUAAACUCAACAAAUAAAUAUUACCUUCAAGUA